CCCAUCCCGUUGUUCGUCUCAUACUGCGGUCUUACGAUCCACAGACGCUGCUGGCUGCCAUACUUUGGGUGCACGGCGGAGUCGGCAAAUUGUCAUCACUGUUUUCGGGAAUCGAAUGAGAAAUGUCAAACCCAACACCUCAAAAUAAGCCAUCCAAUGCUGACAACCCUCGGGUGUUUCUCGACGUUGACAUCGGCGGUGAAAGAGCGGGGCGCAUCGUGUUCGAACUGUUUGCCGACGUGGUUCCGAAAACCGCCGAGAAUUUCCGAGCUCUGUGCACCGGCGAGAAGGGAGAUGGGCCCACGACGGAGAAACCGCUGCACUUCAAAGGGUGCCCCUUCCACAGGAUUAUAAAGAAGUUCAUGAUUCAGGGAGGGGAUUUCUCCAAUCAGAACGGUACUGGAGGAGAGAGCAUUUACGGGGCUAAGUUUGAAGAUGAAAAUUUCCACUAUAAGCAUGACAGGGAGGGUUUGCUGAGUAUGGCAAAUGCCGGGCCGAACACCAACGGCUCACAGUUUUUCAUCACUACCGUUCCCACCAGCCACCUGGACGGGAAGCAUGUGGUCUUCGGACAGGUGCUGAAGGGGUUGGGCAUCGUCAAGAUGCUGGAAGCCGUGGAUACAAAGGAGGACACACCAGUGAAGCCCUGCAUCAUCGCAGACUGCGGUGAACAUCAGCAGGGGGAUGACUGGGGCGUCACCCCCGACGACGGCUCCGGAGACCUCUAUCCCGACUUUCCGGAGGAUGCCGACAUCGAUUUCAAAGACGUUGAUAAAAUCUUGUCUGUUGCAGAGGAUAUUAAGACCAUUGGGAAUAACUUCUUUAAAUCCCAGGAUUGGUUGGCAGCUAAUAAAAAGUAUUCAAAAGCUCUAAGGUACCUGGAGACUUGUGGCAAUGCAGUGGACGACGACGAAGCGCUGCAGAAGAAGCUGGAGGCCAUCGCGCUGAGCUGCAUCCUGAACAUCGCCGCCUGCAAGCUGAAGCUGCAGUCAUGGCAGGACGCCGUCGACAACUGCAAUCAGGCACUUGACUUGAAACCUGACCACACUAAAGCACUGUAUAGAAGAGCCCAGGCAUGGCAAGGACUGAAGGACUACACUCAGGCCAUGGCUGAUCUGAAGAAAGCUCAUGGAAUAACACCUGAUGACAAAGCAAUUGCAAACGAGAUUCUAAGAGUGAAACAGAAAGUCAAGGAAGAAAAAGAGAGAGAGAAAAUGACGUAUGCAAAGAUGUUUGCCUGAAGAUCUGUCGGCGCUACAGCGGCCUUCUGGAAACGCCGCAGUCGGGAUUCGGUCGGCCGAACAGGCGGCCACUUCCUGAUGCAGUGUCCACUGAUUUCCUGAUGUACUGUAUUCAAUGAAGCUGUCGUCCUACUCAACAUUCGUUGUGCUAAUUCUAACAAACAUGCACCAUGGUAAACAAGGCUGUGACAAUAUGGUAUACAUACUAUUUUAAAAUGGCAAGUUGUCGGCUGUAGCUUGGUGGAUUUUAUAGUGUGUUCCAAGUACCAAACCUAUAGGCCUGAACAUGAUAGAAUAAAAGUAUAGUUGUGGA